CUCUAGCGCAGUCAAAAUUUAAAAAAUGGCGGCAACAGUCCAAAGCAAUGCUAUCACUUUGAAAGGAAGUACAGAGAUGGUGGCUGAGUUUUUUGGUAAAUAUAAAGUAUGUUCAGUGCCUUUUGAUAUUUAUAUUGUAUUUUGUUUAACUGGCGGUUUUGUUUUUGUUUAGGUUAUGGAAUAAACAGGUGAAUUUAUAGUGAAUAUAUGACUGACUUUACUCUUUUAUAUACUGUAAUAAUAUUGACUCAUAAUUUGACUGUUUCAUUCUGUUUGUUUGUUAAUAUUUGUCCUAGGUUCAUUCAGAGAGACCAUCGUUCCUUAUGGCAAUCAUUUCUUAUCUCUAUUUUCAGUAUUUUAUAUCAACGAGGUAUCUACCCACCAGAAAAUUUCAAACGAGAACAAAAAUAUGGUCUGACUUUGCUUGUGACUGAUGAUGAAAAACUCAAAGAAUAUAUUAGUAAUGUUUUAACACAAGUUAAAGGUCAGUGGAGUUACUGAAACAUUGAUCAAAUUAUGUCCAGAACUAUUGCGCUAUUAAUUUGGCUUUUGGACAGUGCUGGAAGUCAGAUUUAAUAUAAUGGACUGCGAGUGGUCCCUCCUUUCCAUGGAUUUAGCUUCCCGGGCGUGGGAGGGGAAAGGAGGGACUGCCGACAACAUAUCAAGAAAUGAAAUAUGCCCACUUUUCACUCUUGUCAAGUUGGCUCCGCCUUUGCAUAAACAUUACUUAUAUCCAAUUAAAUCUAUCCAAUAGGGACCGUUUAAUGUCAUGUUUAUUUAUAAAAUCAAACAUUCAGUCUGGAAAUUAUUUAUAGCACAAUUACUACAUAUCAGAUUUGAUUGACAGGAACAUCGAUUUCGACCAAUGGAAUUUUGUGUUGUGUGGGCAACACAUAUUUCGUUUAUUGACGUGUUGACAGCAGUCCCUUCUUUCUCCCGACGGACUGCUCGUGGUCUAGAUUAUAAUUUCACAAAUUAAUAUUUCCAUAGAUUGGUUGUUUGAGAAAACUGUAAAAAAACUAGUUAUUGUGAUCAUAAAUAUUGAUACUCAUGAACCUUUGGAACGAUGGCAGUUUGACGUGGAGUGUGAUAAAACCAUGACUGAGACCAGGUAACUUUGUUAUUGCUAAGAUAUGGCUGUUCAUGGCUAGCUUCGCCACUGCAUUUUAUUAUUUUCAACAAUGUUCGCCCUUUGUUUAGCAAACCAAAAGAGAAAUCAUUAAAAGAUAUACAAAAUGAGAUCCGAGAUGUGAUCAGACAAAUCACAGCUACUGUGACAUUUCUACCACUACUUGAUGCACCUUGUAAGUAUACUGAACUUUUUGAAGACUCUGUUGACUAGCUCGGUUAGUUAGAACACUGCACGAGAAUCGCAGAGUUGCAGGUUCAAUUCCUGCUAGAGGGCCUAUAGUUGUAUUUCUCACAACAGCUCCUGGUUAGGUUCAAUAAAUGUAUAAAAUUUACACUCAAAAUUUUCGUCUACAAAACCCAACAAUUAAUAGUUAUAUCGAGUGAGAUGCCCUUAUAAUAAUAUUACACAUUAUCAACCUUGUUCCCAGGGCUUUCGUGUGACACAUUAUCUUGUGAAAAUCUUUCCCAUUCCAGGGCGCGAAAUAACAGCUGGUCAACUGACAAUGUCCAGGCAGAAUGCGAAUUUGAAAAGGGAGUUCUGCCAUUUGAAAAGGGAGUUUUGCCAUUUGAAAAGGGAGUUUUGCUAUUUGAAAAGGGAGUUCUGCCAUUUGAAAAGGGAGUGCUGCCAUUUGAAAAGGGAGUUUUGCUAUUUGAAAAGGGAGUUCUGCCAUUUGAAAAGGGAGUUUUGCCAUUUGAAAAGGGAGUUUUGCUAUUUGAAAAGGGAGUUCUGCCAUUUGAAAAGGGAGUUUUGCUAUUUCAAAAGGGAGUUUUGCUAUUUCAAAAGGGAGUUUUGCUAUUUCAAAAGGAGUUUUGCUAUUUCAAAAGGGAGUUUUGCUAUUUCAAAAGGGAGUUCUUGCGUUUGAAAAGGGAGUUCUGGCAUUUGUAAGGGGAGUUCUUGUGUUUAAUUCCGAUUCCAAUUUAGGUGCAUUUGAUAUCCUCAUAUAUACCGAUAAAGACCAAGAUGUCCCGGAAAAAUGGGAAGAAUCUGGCCCACAAUUCAUUGCAAACUCCCAAGAGGUCCGGUUACGCUCUUUCUCUACGCUAAUACACAAAGUCAAUGCUAUGGUGGCAUACAAGAACUGAAGGGAUAAGAAAGAGUAAUAGAGGGAUAACAAUGGGUACACUAGCUGUUUCAACUGCUCUUUGGCCUGGCGAACAGUCGGGGACGAAUUUAUAUCACACGCAAUGCAAUACAGUUCCAAAAAUGUAAAAUGUGAAUUAGUUAGUAAUGGUAUAAACAUGCGUUAAGGCACUUUCACGCGAUACGACUAGUUGUAUAGGAUUGUCAUUCUGGCGUAUGGAAACGACUGUUGAGGCCACUAUUCCUGUUAUAGUGAAAUUUGAAAUGUGACAUCUUUACAUGCAUAUAUUUAUUCGAAUACAUACGCCAGGAUAUGAAUCAUAAGUAUACGACUAGUCGUAUCGUACAGGGGCCGCUUGUACGAAGGCAGGAUAACGCUAUCCACCGGAUAGUGAUUUUUUUCAACCUUUGUUUUAAAAAUCAGUCGUUGAUUGGUAUAACUCGUAUUAAAAUUUAGUAUUUAUAAGUUAAAUUUUUUUAUACUUCUUGUGUCGUCUAUAUCCGUAGUUUCGCAGUUUUUCAAGCAAUUUUACAAAAGGUUGAAAAAAUCACUAUUCGGUGGAUAGCGCUAUCCGACCUUCGUACAACAGACCCCAGAUGGUCCAUUAGCUGAUUUAGGUUACAUAUAAGUUCCUUGCAGUGUUGCAUGCCGCAACUAAUAUUACCAGUUUUGGUUUGUGGAAACACCACGUCAAUUUAUUAUUUGCAGAGCACUUGAUCUGUAACGGCCUGGACCUUCAUCAGUGCUUCAUAAAUUUACGUGGAGUUUCCACAAACCAAAACUGAUAUAUAAAGUUAAUUAUUGCAAUCCUAUCCUGAGCGAUGUUUUAAGAAACGUUUUUCUUGUGUUAGUUUGUAUAUAUCAUUUUAAUCUCUUGUAAUCUAAUGAAUGUAAUCAAUAUUCUUGCUAGUAACAUAUAUA